CUUGCUCCUAAGGAUUCAUUCAACCCAUCUUCAAAAUCGGCUUCAACACGAGGCCCACCCUUCACACUUGCCCUUUGCCCCAUAUUCAACCAUGGCCACUGCACUUUCAUCUCAACCCCAAUCAUGGGAUAAUUCGGUCAACGACCGGCUGGGUUUGAUCAGCGAUAAACUCGAUGAGAACCCCGAAUUCCGUGAUGAGAGCGUGCCUGGUUUGAAGGAGCUCCUCGAUGACUACACGUCUGACAAUGUUGCCAAGGACGACUUCCAUCGUCGUCUUCUCGAGGUUUUCAAGCGCUCCACCACCGACGAAACUUACUCCCAGGUCUUGGGAGACCUCACACAGACGGAGCGAGACAAGGUCAACGCCUUCGUCGAGCAGGAGAAGACCCCCGAGGAGCUCGGCCGGGACUUUGUCCUUGAACCCAGUCCCGGAUGUCGCGACGAGCUCUGCAAGCUAGAACAAGCCGAGGCUGCCGUCCAUGUAUCCUCAACCGGCUCGAUUGAUCUUUUGAAGGGCGACGGACCAUCAGGUGCGGCUGCGAUGAGCCUGAUGAGCACGACGACCACUGCCCAGAAAAGCGCCCCAGCUCAUGGCGGAUUCCUCAAGGGAAUUUUCGAGGAUAUACACAACCUCUUCUUCGACAAAGAAGAUGACAAGGGGGCUCUGGUAUAUUACAAUGCGCCCUUCAACAAUUGGGGUCUUACCAUCAACAAUACACCGAGCAUCACCUAUGUCCCUACAACGGUCAGUUCGAUCCAGAAGAUCGUCAAGUUGGCAAAGGAGAAGAAAAUGAGUGUUCGAUGCUCUGGAUACCGUCACUCAUGGUCGCCCAUCUUUGGAAGACAGGGACAGAUCAUGAUCUCGAUGCUGGGCAUCGCGUUGGUGACGCGACUCCCAAACACGGCCGCCCUGCCUUUUUCUCUAUCUAAACCCACCGAGCUUGAGGUCAUCGAGCCUGCGCCAGGAAAGCCUCGAGUCCCUGAGAACAAGCUCGUUCGGAUUGGCUGUGCGGCAACAAACGAGAGACUACGCCGCUGGUGUAUCAGCAACAAGACAGUCACUAUCCCACUGAACGUCAUCAUGGUGGAGAUUACGCUGGGUGGAAGCAACGCUCCCAUCUGCCACGGCGCAGGUCGUCGUAACAUGACUCUGAGCGACCUCGUCCGCAAGAUCGAGUAUGUCGAUGCCAACGGCGAGAUCCAAUACGUCGACAAUCCAGAUCAUCUCCGUGCCGCAAGCGGCUGCUUUGGCUUAAUGGGUGUCGUCACCCACAUCACCAUGGAGUUCCCUCCCAUGACCUAUGCACAGCUCGCUCCCAAGAAGAUGCCCGUCAUUCGGGCCGUACCCCCGCCGCCGGGCUUGGCCGAAAAAGAUAUCCCUCCUGCAUUGUUCAAGGAUUGGAAGAACUUGUCUCCCAAAGAGCAACACGACUGCCAGGCCGAGUUCGAGCGGCGAGCUACCAACGACUACUACGCUGAGUGGUUCUGGUUCCCUUACUCUGACUUCUCCUGGGUCAACACUUGGGACAACACCACAGACUCCAAAGGCGUGCAGGCUUUUCCUGACAAUACACACAUCUUCCUUUCCUUCAUCCAAACUGUCACCAUGAACGUCCUUCAGAACGCCAAGAUUCUCAACGACCUCAUCCAGGUCACCCAGAUGUCCGAGGCUGCUGUGACCCUCAUCUCACGCGCCGCCAUGGCCGCUCUCCCAGAAAAGUCGGUCAAAACAUGGCUCCCGGACGCUCUGCACUUCCAGCGCGCCAUUCAGAACGUGAGGGUCCGCGACGUCGAGGUGGAGAUGCCCCUCGUGGCCAAGAAGGGCGGCCCUGCCGGCACCAUCGACUUUGCCCCGGUGCAGCAGGCCUGGUGGGACGCCAUCCUCCUCUGCUACGAGAACAGAAAGAAGUGCCCGAUGCGUAUGCCUCUGGAGAUGCGCAUCAUGGGCGGCAGCAACGUCGUCAUGGCUCCUCAGCGCGGCAACGCCUUGGGUACGUGCAGCAUCGAGGUGCUCACGCUGCACAACGCGGCGAAUCUGUGGCCGACGUUUGCGCAGUCGGUCCUCGAUAAGUGGAUGGCGCUGAAGGAUCCCAAUACCGGCAAGUUGCUCAAGACUCGACCGCAUUGGGCGAAGGAGUGGGUUGGUUACACUGUCAACGGCAAGCCAUGGAUCCAGAAGCUGAAGGAGGAGGACUACAAGGAUGAGAGGCAGGAAUUCCUGCGGAUCCUCGCUGAGAUUGGUCAGGGUAUGAAGGUGAAAUGGACCUUGCAGGAUCUGAAGGACAGGUUCUCCAAUGAUUUAUUUGAUGAUCUCUUCUUCGAUCAAGUCAGGAACAAGACUGGCCAGAACGGCAACGUGGUUGGUGGGAAGCAUUGAGAUGUGUCCGGACCUGAUAUUCGUUUCUACAGAGUUCAAUUCACCGGCCAUAAUGGAUCCUCGCUCAAUUUGUCGACCCUAGAGCCGACAGACUAGAGAUAGCAGCAAUUGGUCGCCGGUAGUAAAGACUGAAGGGACGGCAUAUACGCUCUGAGAUUC